AUGCGCUUCAACGCCUCGUCCGGCGGCCCGUUUUCGUUGAGUGCUCUGCAACAACACAGACCAAACUGCUUGUGCUGCGUGGGCCAACCGGACCCGGCCUUCGAAAAGGCGAUUGAGAAUUUGAAACGAUUAGCAACACCAUCAACAACUACAAAACACCUAAACGCAGCAAUAAAAGCGGUCGAGGAAGAAGAAGGAAGAGACGAAGGGGCAGCAAAUGCGCCGUCGUUUGCGAAGUCUGAAAGUAUUUCAGGGAUAAAUCAAACCGUCGCGGAGAGUUUCGUUCGCAUGUGUCGCAGCAACGGAAGCGGCAAAAUGCGAUUGAGUAAAUCGAAGCAGAAGGUUGCGAUGAAGUUGAAGAUGAAAUUCGAGGCGCGGUUAUUUACGGCAGAGGAAAUCGAGAGGAUGCAAGAGGCGGUUUUGGAAGCGUACGAGGAAACUUUGGUUUUAGAAGAGAAGAAGAUGAAGACCUGA